CAACUAAAACAUCUGAAAGGCAAAGUUCUUGCGUUCUACAUCUCGCCAUUGUGAACGAAAACCCUAUUACUUUCUGCAACGAGACGACUCCAAGCAACGGCGUCCGGCCCUUCUUCUCCCAGGAUACCAGCUACACCGCCGGCCUCCGUUCAUCUUUGAUUUCUCAGAUUUAGCCGGAAUUAGAGAAGAUGGCUACUCAAGACGUCGAGAUGAAAGAGGAACAACAUACACUUUCGAAUUCCGCCUCGCCUGCUGGCCACUCCGUUCUCCAUCAUCUGAAGGACAUCGGAUCCCUUAUUGAGACCGGAGCAUAUUCUCGCGAGGUUAGGAGGAUUGUCAGGGCAGUGAGGUUGACCAUGGCAUUGAGGAAGAAGCUUAAGGCGUCUACACUGUUUGCUUUCCUCAAUUUUGCCCUUGCACCCGGAUCGGAGGCUCAUGCUCGCCUAUCUUCUUUCCUGCCCAAGGAAGAGGAGCAGGAUAUGGAAGUUGAUACUGCAACUUCAGCAGCUCAACCUCCUGUAAAACACACUGUACCAGAGCUUGAGAUCUAUUGUUACUUGAUCGUAACAAUAUUUCUUAUCGAUCAGAAGAAGUAUAGUGAGGCCAAGGCUUGUUCGUCAGCAAGCAUCGCUCGUCUGAAAACCUUAAACAGGAGGACUGUUGAUGUUCUAGCUUCUAAGCUCUACUACUAUUACUCAUUGAGCUAUGAGCUUACUGGUGAUCUUGCUGACAUUAGAGGUGAUCUCCUUGCUUUGCAUAGGAUUGCAACACUUCGUCAUGAUGAGCUGGGCCAGGAAACAAUACUUAACCUUUUACUGAGGAAUUACCUCCACUACAAUCUGUAUGAUCAAGCUGAAAAGUUGAGAUCAAAAGCACCCCGAUUUGAAGCUCAUUCAAAUCAGCAGUUUUGUCGAUACCUUUUCUAUCUUGGAAAGAUCAGGACUAUCCAGUUGGAAUACACUGAUGCUAAGGAGUCUCUCCUUCAAGCAGCUCGGAAAGCCCCCAUGGCAGCCCUCGGUUUCAGAGUUCAAUGCAACAAGUGGGCUGUUAUUGUACGUUUAUUGCUUGGGGAGAUACCUGAAAGGACUGUUUUCAUGCAGAAAGGAAUGGAGAAAGCCUUAAGGCCAUAUUUCGAGUUAACUAAUGCUGUCCGCAUUGGAGAUUUGGAGUUGUUUAGGGCAGUUGCUGAGAAGUUCUCAACCACUUUCAGCGAGGACCGGACUAACAACUUGAUUGUCCGUCUGCGGCACAAUGUCAUCCGUACCGGGCUGCGUAACAUCAGCAUUGCAUACUCUAGAAUCUCAUUGGCUGAUGUGGCAAAGAAGCUGAGGCUGGACUCUGAAAAUCCCAUUGCUGAUGCCGAGAGUAUAGUGGCUAAAGCCAUCAGGGAUGGUGCGAUUGAUGCAACAUUGGAUCACACCAAUGGACACAUGGUCUCCAAGGAGACAGGAGACAUUUACUCCACGAAUGAGCCUCAGCAUGCAUUCAACUCCAGAAUUUCGUUCUGCCUUAACAUGCAUAACGAGGCUGUUCGUGCCCUUCGUUUCCCUCCCAACUCCCACAAGGAGAAAGAGAGUGCUGAGAAGAGGAGAGAGAGACAGCAGCAAGAGCAAGAACUUGCCAAGCACAUUGCCGAGGAAGAUGAUGAUGACUUUUGAAGAAAAAAAUUUUCUCUGCAGCAUCUUAAUAGUGCAACAUCUGCAACGCCUCUGGAGCUUUUAAUUAUUGCCAUCAUACAUAUAUCUCAUCAGACCAAGGAGUGUUCUUGUUUUUGAGAAUUCAAGCAUUAAUCUAUCACUGAGAAUAUGUUGUUUCGACUUCUUCUUUGCUCUUUUUUUUUUAAUUAUUUUGGAACAAUUCAUUUUGUUGGUAUGGAAUUACACCUUCUAUCACAACUCCUAAACGACUCCCAACUGCUAUGUGCAAGUGACAGAAUUGCAUUUUGAGUAGUGUUAUGCUGUCAAACCUCAAACGCUUCCAAAAACAUACGAUUAACGAAGCAGUUUCUCAGAGUAACAAUCCUG